AGUUCCCAUGCUUUUGCAUCUCACAUAUGUAUUGUUCACUUGGCAGAUUACGCUCAAUACCCAUUCUGCGAUCAAGUUGUACAUGUCCACUAGUCACAGUGUUAAAGUCAGGUUAGAUCGCAUGUCCACAAUGUCUCCCACAACACUGUCUAUCCACAAAGACCCCUGAAGAUGAAGUGUAUGCUCACAGUGCUUCUCGCAGACAAAAGAUCUGCCAACCUACAAUGUCUUACCCACUCGACAUGUAUGCUGCGGUAUAAAUACGCGGUUCCUAAUGUCUCAACCACAUCAUCACAACAUAUCAAACUCAUCCCUUAUCACCAUCUUAUCACCAUCUUAUCACCAACUCAUCAACAAACAAACAACAAACCCACCAAACCCACUAAACAACAACCCAAACAAACAAUGGCCACCCACAUCUUCACCCCAAGAGUAAUCCGCUGCGGAAAACCCACCAAACCCAGCCCCCGCACCCACAAACGCGCAAAGCCAAACCGCACCUCGUCGUUCAUCAAACUACGUGCGUAUCGGCGUGUGCGGGCUGCCGAUGUGGCGGUUGUAGAUCGGACGCAUUUGUGGCGGGAGGUGAGGCGGGGGGUUGUGUAUGUUGCGUAUGGUGAGGUGGAGAAGGAGGGGGGGAAGAAAGCGGCGAAGAAGGCGGCGAAGAAAGCGCAAGAUAAGGAGAAGACUCGGAGGUGGAAUUGUCUUGGGAAUUGAGCCUUGGGGGAAAGGGGAUGUUUUGAUUGAUUUAUUGCUUGGAGGUUGGGGGAGUUUUGGAGUUUUGUGGUGAUUAUUUUGGGAUUUGCGGUAUUAGACUGGGGGGUUUUAUUAUUAUUUACUAUCAUUUGCUUUUUGCUCUCUUUCUCUCUCUCUCUCUUUCUCUCUGUGAUGUCGUCGCAUUCUGGGAUAACGGCCUGCUUAUUUACUGUCCGGCGGCGGCAGCAUAAC